AUGUUGGAUCCAAGUGAUCUUGAAUUGGAUGACAGCGAUGAGAGUCAAGAUUUGUACAAUCUGGAUGAUUAUCUCAUGGAGGAAGACAUACUUGAAAAUGUUGCAGAUCAAAUCAUGGUUGAUGUACUUGAAGAUUUGGAUGCUUUAUAUGGUCAACAAAGAAGAUUCAUAUCAAGGAGAUAUGUUUACAGGGCUCGUGAAGAAUCCAAACAACGGUUAAUUAAUGACUACUUUUCAGAGAAUCCAGUGUACAAUGAAACAAUAUUUCGUCGAAGGUUUAGGAUGAGGAGGCCUUUAUUCCUACGCAUAGUUGAUGCCCUUGGUGAGUGGUCUUCUUUUUUCACCUUGAGAUUUGAUGCUUUGAAUCGGCCUGGCUUAAUGCCUAUUCAAAAGUGCACGGCGGCUAUUCGUCAACUAGCAAAUGGCAGCCCUGCAGAUCAACUUGAUGAGUAUAUAAAAAUUGGAGAAAGUACGGCGGUAGAGUGCUUGAAGAUGUUUGUUGAGGGUGUGGUUGAAGUAUUUGGUGGUGAGUACUUACGGCAUCCCACAACAGAAGAUGUAGAGCACUUGAUUCAACUUGGAGAACAUCGUGGGUUUCCUGGCAUGCUAGGGAGUAUUGACUGCAUGCACUGGCAUUGGGAGAAAUGUCCCUAUGCAUGGAAGGGGAUGUAUACUCGUGGUGACCAUGGUGUUCCAACUAUCAUUCUAGAGGCAGUUGCUUCACAUGAUCGUUGGAUAUGGCAUGCCUUCUUUGGUGUCGCUGGGUCCAACAAUGAUAUUAACGUUCUUAAUCAAUCUAAUUUGUUCACCGAGCAGCUAAGAGGAGAAGCUCCUAAGGUGCAAUAUAGUGUAAAUGGAAGGGAAUAUAGCCAAGGAUACUACCUAGCAGAUGGUAUAUACCCUGAGUGGCCUGUUUUUGUUAAGUCAAUACGCAAACCACAAUCUGAUAAACAUAAGUUGUUUGCACAACACCAAGAAGGGGCAAGAAAGGAUGUUGAAUGUGCAUUUGGAAUAUUGCAAUCUCGCUUUAGCAUUUUACGUCGACCAGCGCGUCUUUAUGAACAAGGUGAUCUCCAAAAUGUGAUGCUUGCAUGUAUCAUCCUUCACAAUAUGAUAAUUGAGGAUGAGAAGGCCAGCUACAAUCACGCAUGGAGCUAUCCCUGA